UUCGGAACGAAACAGUUGAAGAACGCCGCCGCCGCUGCCGCCAGCAUAGGAAAAUCGAAUCGAAAGAUACUUUUGUCAUAACAUUCAGAAAGAAAUCUUUGUUGGUGUACUACUUGUAUAUAGUGCGAUUUAUUUAUUUACACCCGCAAGUCGUGCGAUUUGUGUUAUGUAAGGUGUUGGAAAGUGAUGUGAAAAAGAAAGGAAAAACAAUGCGAAAACUAAUGUAAGCCAAACGCAUGCGAAAGUCAAGGUCACUGCGCCGUUGUCGUCGUCGUCUUCGUCUUCGUCAUCAUCGUCAUUACCGUUACAAUCGUCUCUGUGUCCGUGUCGGUCUCGUUACUGCACUCGAUGCAAUGUAGGCGCGAAAAUCCGAUAUAGACGGACCACAAGUUUUGAAAAAGUGAGGAAAACAUCAAUCCGUUUAAAUGGCCGCCAUUGACAGCUGGUGGACGUUUGGCGAGGCAGGAGGGGAAAUGGGAUCGCAAAUCUGCCCCAAGGAGGCCGCCAAUGCCACCACAAAUGCUCUAUGGCAGUUGCAACAACUCUGGCUGGAAUACUGGCCAGCAGUCAGACAAGACUAUGUACACUACACUCAACUGAUCCGAAUCCAGAUGCUGCAGCUGAGUCUGCUGCUGGGUAGCAUCAUCGAUACUCUCGCCAAGGAUAAGCUAUUUGUGUACGGCCUCCAGGCCUGCCUCUUGCUGCUCUUCCUCUACAUCAUGCACUGCGUGAGAAGCAGCAGCAGCAGCAGCAACAACAACAACGAUUCUGACGCAGUGGCCCCCAAAGAUGUGCUGCCCAUCAACGCCGACAUUACCAAGCGACUCAGUUGCGAUUACAAUUUCAUAACCGAGCAGGAGAAGCGCGCUGCUCUGGAGGCAGCCAGCGAGGCGCUGCUGGAGGUGGAGGAGAAGCGACGUCGCAAACGAUUCACCAAAAAGCGCAAAUGCGUCUCUGCCGGUCCCAUUCUUAUUGCGCUCCGCCAGCAACAUCAGUCGAAGCGACCCAAGUCGAAGCGCCAACUGCUCGACUUUGAGCCUGUUUCGCCGAGGGAACGAGUGGUGGUCCUGCCACCAGCAGGAGAGAACUACUUGCCACCCAGAGAGCAGCCCUUAACCAUUUUAUUGCCGCCCCAGGUGGUGGAAAAGCAGCCAGUUGCCAAAGUGGAACAGUUGCCGAAACAGGACCAGCAGCCACAGGAUCUGGAUGAUAUUGUAGCUUUCAUUUCGGAACCACGCGGUACGCUGAGCACCACAGAUGAAAUCUACCCCGAUUCGCCGGAUAGCAGCCUCUACGGCUCUGAUGAGGAGCAAGAGGACGCUUCACAAUAUUGUCGUGGCGGCUAUCAUCCGGUUGUUAUUGGCGACAUAUUCGAUAAUCGGUUUCGUGUGGUGCGCAAACUGGGUUGGGGCCACUUCUCCACAGUGUGGUUGUGCCGAGAUCUCAAAGAUGAAAAGUAUGUGGCGCUGAAGGUGGUGAAGAGUGCUCCACACUAUAUAGAGACUGCGGCGGAUGAGAUUCGUCUGCUGGAGGCCAUACGCGAUGCGGAUCCAUUGGAUAUGAAACGGGAGCGCAUUGUCCGGCUGCUAAAUCAUUUCACAGUACGUGGCGUGAAUGGCGUCCACACGUGCCUGGUCUUCGAGGCUUUAGGUUGUAGCCUCUACAAGCUGAUCGUGAAGAAUAACUACCAGGGACUAGCCAUAGCACAGGUUCGCAAUAUCAUCAAACAGGUGCUGGAGGGCCUCGAUUACUUACACAGCAAGUGCAGCAUCAUACACACGGAUAUUAAACCUGAGAACAUACUGCUGGUCAUCGACAAUGCGGCUGCGAUGAAUCAGCAAAUCGACGAUGAGAUCAACAGUUUGCGUGUGAAGGGCGCCGAUUUUCCAGAUUCAUAUAUCAGCUCCAUUGAGAAGCAAACGAAGACCCGAGCCAAGUGGCCGCUCAUCGAACCGAAUGGGUCAACGAACACGAGCAACAGCACAGCGAACAAUUCGACUUCAUCAACUCCGCUGGCGGCCGUUGUGAUGUCGUCCUUGGACAAGGAUGACACAACAUCUUCCACACUUAACUCAAACACGACAUCGUCACUGGCAUCGAAAUACUCGAGUCUGUUGGGCGACAGUGAGUGUAACGGCGGCCUAAUGGGUCUGGGUGGCGUUGAAAGUCCCAUUCUCGGAGGAACCUCGAAUUUAAAUAAUCGUUAUCGUGCUGAGAAGAAAAUCACUGCCAAGUCUUCUAUCGACAACGAUGAUGACACUGACACCGAUACUGUCAAUACCGGUGACAAUAGCACCACCAUAGCCAGCGACACGCCUACCGACAACAACGACGUUAGUCUAAGUACAAGUAACGUUGACGUUAACAAUACGGAUAAGCAGCUGCCCAAUGCCACAAGCAACAACUCCAACUCCAACAACACCAACAACUCCUACACAAAUAUCCAAAGCACGUGCACGUCCAUUAUUAACAACACCCAACACACCAUCGACACGAAUACAAACAAUUGCUUCCCCGCUGCCUGCUCCAACUCCGCCAAUGCACCUCCAAGCAGUCUAAGCACGUGCACGUACACGUUUACGCAUCUUAUGCCUACAACAACAACAACAACAACAACAACAACAACAUCUGCAACCAUUGCAACUGCAACCACAGAGCUGUACAACAACAGUAAUGGCAGUAGUGAGCUUAGCAAAGACAAUACAAUAUCAGCAACCAGAACAACACCAACUAUCAGUUCGACAAUAAUAAUACCAUCGACAACAACAACAAGCACGUCGAGCACAGCAACAACAAGCACAGCUAAACUAAAUGUAAAUGUAAAUGUAAAUGUCAAUGCCAAUGCCAAUGCAAUUCCUUCGCAGAAUCAAAGUCAAAACCAAUCCUACACGCAUACGAUACAAUCGCUCAUCAACAACAGCAACGUUCGGGUGAAGAUCGCCGAUCUGGGCAAUGCGUGCUACGAUUACCAUCACUUCACCGAGGACAUACAGACGCGUCAGUAUCGCUCCAUUGAAGUCCUGUUGGGGGCACCCUAUAACUAUACCGCCGAUAUAUGGAGCACUGCUUGUCUGGCCUUCGAACUGGCCACCGGUGAUUAUCUGUUCGAUCCCCAUGCGGGAGAGAGCUAUACACGCGAUGAGGACCAUCUGGCGCACAUUGUCGAGCUAUUGGGCUCCAUACCCCAGUCGGUGAUAUUGCGCGGCAAGCAUGGUCUUAAGUACUUCACGAGCUACGGAAGCUUGAGGAACAUCACAAAACUCAAACCCUGGAGUCUACUGAACGUGCUAAUUGAGAAGUAUGACUGGGAUCCAGUGGAAGCGAAGAAGUUUUCAGACUUUCUACUGCCCAUGCUGGAGUAUAAUCCCGUCAUCCGCGCCUCAGCAGCCGAGUGCCUGCAACAUCCCUGGCUGGAGCAGGAGGAGUUUGUUUAGAGAACCAGCAACUAAAUUUAGAGAGACUUACACGCAUGCACGCAACACAUACAAAUAGACAUACAUACAACAAACACACAUAAAUAAAUACAAAAAAUACGUACAUGUAUCUGUAGGCUUAAAUAACUUUUAUAUACAAAGAAGCGGGCAUGUCCGACAAAACAAAACAAAACAAAUUUAUUGAUAAUUAUUGAACAUAAAUGUCAACUUAGCAUUAGAACGAACACAGAUAAGAAAUUUUCAAUACGUGUACGUGGCGCGUCAAAUUUUUUACGCUAUUUUUAUUUGAAAACGAUUUUUGUACUUGAGAGCUUUAAAAACGUAUGAGUAUGAGUAAAAGUAUAGCAACCAAUGCGAUUUUGUUUCAAAAGAAAAUGGGAGAAAUCGACAAAUGCAGAUUGUUUUCAUUUAAAUUUUCGUAUAUUUUUUGUAUGAAAAACCAAAAGACAAUGACGACAAAUUUAAAGUCAACAGAUGCCUAAACUGACUGAACGAUUGCAACAAAAACAUUUUCAGCAACAAAAUAUUUAAACGAAAUCUUACUAAACGCAAAUAAUAUAAAACCUAGUAAAAUAUUGAAAAAAUGCAUUGCAAUCAAUUGCCAUGUUUAUAAAUAAAUGCAAUUUAAAUAUGUAGAUAACAAUAAUUUUAUGAUUAACGACAUGCAGUUGCAAAUAAGUUACGAAUACUAUCUUUGAUGGCUUGGAGCAACAGAUGGUAGUAAAAGCGGUACAUCAUACAUACUCGUAAUUGAAGCAUACUGGAGCAUAACCAAUAAUUUGUAGAGAUAUUAUCUAGUUUAUAUCCGAUUUAAAUAUUAUUUUUCGCGUUUGAGUUAAAGUAAACAAUUUGUAAAACUCGAAAUAAACCCUUUAGGAGACCUUUUAAUGAAACGAUUUUAUGAUUUCCCUUCAGCCUAUAAAUAUCAGAAAUAUUAGAAAGUUAUUCUAGGCGAAACACAAUAAAAUAAAUAGCCAACUAUUAAUUGUUAUUGGAUGAAAUCACACAUUUUAUAACAUUGUAUAAAAGAAACUUUAAAUUUUAUUUAGACAAAUUAAACAAAUAUUAAAUCAA